AUGGCCGAAGUCAAGGCUAACGCGGAGGCCUUGAUUCCUCGGUUCAAGUUUGAGAGGCUGCUUAAUCAAGACCAGGCAGGUAGAAGAUCUGCCCUUCUCGGUAGCAUUGACAGCAAACCCGCCCUCAUCGUACUCGAACGGGCCCCCUUCCCUACCGACACGGCCUACCUCGGCGCCGUACCCGCCUCGCUCGCUCGGCUCCGGAACUUGGGUGCAAACGAUGUCUACUUUUGGUUCUUGGGCCGUAGUAACGGGCUACCUGAUCCCACGACACCGACACCGACAACGGCAACGGCAACGGCGGCCGCCAACAACGACUUCUUCGCCGAUCUCAAGAUCAACCUCAUAUACCCCUGCACGGAGACGCACAUCAAAAAGUACAGCAAACAACCCGUCCGGCUCGUGACGGAGACGCCGCAGAUCUACCGCGACCACGUGCGGCCGUACAUGCAGCGGAAGCGCGCCGAAGGGCGCCUCAACUGGGCCUACAACAUCAUCGAAGGGCGCACCGAGGUGGAGGACGUCAUCUUCCGCACCCCGCUCGGCGCCGCGGGGGACGAGGGUUUCCUCCUCCUCCCGGACCUCAACUGGGACCGCGCGACCCUCGACGCGCUGCACCUCCUCGCCCUCGUCGAGCGCCGCGACCUCUGGAGCCUGCGGGACCUGCGCCGCCGCCACGUCCCCUGGCUGCACCACAUGCGCGCGCGCCUCGUCGGCGCCACCGUCGCGCGCUACCCGUCCCUCGAGCCAGACCAGCUCAAGCUGUACGUGCAUUACCAGCCGACCUAUUACCAUUUCCACGUCCACAUUGUCCACGUCCAGCUCGAGGCCGGGGCGACCCAGGCCACGGGCAAGGCGAUCGGGUUGGACGGCAUCAUCGAGACGUUGGAGGCCAUGGGCAUGGGCGGGGAUGACGACGAGAAGGGCAUGGACUGCAUGUCUCUUAGCUACACAUUAGGCGAGGCGAGCGAACUAUGGACAGAGGUAUUCGCGCCUCUGAAGGCGCAACAGAAACAGAAGCAACAACAAUAA